AUGUGUGAAGAGAACCUCGUUCAGCUAACCCCAAUCAAGGAAGCACUCGGUCAAAUUUGUUGGCUCGAGGUUCCAGUGCGUGAUGUUCCUCAAGCCAAAACCUUCUACAUGGAACUCUUUGGCUGGGAGUUUGUACCAGAGCCUCAAAAGGCCGUCGGCGACUGCGUCAAGAGUAUGCACUUCUUCAACAAGGGCAAGACCCUCCACGGGGCAUUUCUUGAACAUGACGAGGAAUAUCAUGUCAUCAACAACAAUCCCGACAAACCAGGUGCACUGCCCGUCCUGCCAACUCUAUGCGUACUGGAUUGCGAAGAGACCCUGGCCAAGGCAAAUGCGAUUGGUGGCAAGACUGCCAUCCCAAAGACGGCUAUUGGAGGAGGGAUGGGGUAUUUUGCUCGGGUGAUUGAUACCGAAGGUAACAUGAUCGGUCUCUGGUCUCAGAAAUGA